AUGAAGUUUGACCUGACCAACACAGUCUACCUGACAGUGACCGCCGAGCAUCUCGCAUCCACCAGAGGUCUCUGUGGAGACUACAACAACUAUGCUGAUGAUGAUUUCACCACAAUGGGUGGAACUGUAUCCCAUUACGCCGCCAGCUUCGGCAACUCAUGGAAAGUUCCUGACCAGGAGAAUCAAGGCUGCAGUGAUGCAGCUGAGCUUGGUCACAGCUGUGAUGUGUCAGCUGACCCUGCCUUACGAAGGCAGGCAGAAUCAGUGUGUUACCGAUUGCUGGAAAACCCCUUCACACACUGCCACCUAAGGUUGGACCCAGCAGCGUACAUAGAUGCCUGUCUCUACCUGUACUGUAGCCUUCCACCCAAAGAGAGGGAUUUGGCAGUGUGUGACACCCUGGCCAGCUAUGUCCGAGAGUGUGCCCAGCAACAUGUCAUCAUAAUGUGGAGGACAGCCGCCCUAUGUGGUCGUGUCUGUCCCAGAGGUCAGGUUUUUUCGGACUGUGUCUCCUCCUGUCCUCCCAGCUGUGCAUCUCCCCAGCCCCCUGGGCCUGCUGCAGCCAUGGGGCAGUGCAGGGAGGAGUGUGUGGGGGGCUGUGAGUGUCCACAGGGCCUGUAUCUUCACCAGGGAUUCUGUCUAAAAAGAGACGAUUGUCCUUGUUUCCAUCGCAGACGCACCUACCAGUCAGGGGACAGGAUACAGCAGAGAUGCAAAACCUGUGUGUGCAGAGCAGGCCAAUGGCAGUGUACUGGGGAGAAGUGCGCUGCCCAGUGCAGCCUGAUGGGGUCACUACAGGUGACCACCUUUGACAAAAAAAGGUAUUCACUAAAUGGAGGAGACUGUCCCUUCACUGCUGUUGAGGACUUUGUUGACAGGAAGCUAGUGGUGAGUGUGCGCUGUGGAGUGUGUACAUCGGGAGAAGGAGGAGGCCUGGGUUGUCUUAGGGAGAUGUCAGUGACAGCCCUCCACACCACAGUCUCCAUCACAGACACUGGUACAGUAACGUUGAACGGCCACAGGGAGCUGUUACCUGUAGUAACAGGGGACCUGGUUGUGCACAGGGCUUCCUCUUCAUUUCUUCUCAUCCAGACUUUUGGAGCACAGCUACUCUGGCACCUAGAUGGACCUUUGGUCCUCAUCACCCUGCAACCUGGCUUCGCAAACAAGGUGCGUGGCCUGUGUGGAACACUGACAUGGAACCAGCAUGAUGACUUUACCACCCCAGAAGGAGACGUGGAGACCAGUGUGUCAUCAUUUGCAGGGAAAUUCACAACCGAGCACUGUACUCUACCGAAAGGAUCUCCACCUGACCCCUGCACCACAUACACCCAGAGGAGACAGUAUGCAGAGACAGUGUGCUCUGUCAUACACAGCCCUGUUUUUCAGGUGUGUCAUGACGUUGUGGAGAGGGAGCCCUAUUUCCGUCUCUGUCUGUCUGAGGUUUGUGGCUGUGUUCCACAAAAAGCCUGUCACUGCACCAUCCUCACUGCCUACACCCAACAAUGCGCUCAAGAGGGCGUAGCCAUCCACUGGCACAAUCAGACCUUCUGCCCGGUCCAGUGUUCAGGGGGUCAGGUGUACCAGGAAUGUGGUCGUGUCUGUGGAAACUCCUGUUCAGAGAGCUGGAGCUGCGAUAAUGGUGGAAUUGGUCUCAGGAUGUGUGUUCCAGGUUGCCAAUGCCCACCUGGACUAGUGCAGGACCACCAGGGCCAGUGUGUGCCCAUCACUAUGUGUCCCUGUGUGCAAAGAGACAAGAUGUACCUGCCUGGGUCUGUUACUCAGAACAACUGUAACACCUGUGUGUGUGAGCGGGGGCGGUUUAACUGCACACAGGAGCGCUGUGAGGAGGUGAACAAGUGUCCAGGCUCUCUGGUCUACUCUCCACGCUCCUGCCUCCUCACCUGUUCCAGCCUGGACCCUCCUGGCCAACAGCAGGGGUCCAAUGUUGCACAGUCAAGCUGCAGAGAGCCCCUGUCUGGCUGUGUCUGUCCCCAGGGAUUGGUGCUACUGGAUGAUCACUGUGUUCUGCCAGAUAAGUGCCCAUGUCACCAUAACGGUCGACUUUACUACAGCAACGACACCAUCACUAAAGACUGCAACACAUGUGUUUGUAAGGAGCGCCGCUGGCACUGCAGCCAGUCCGUCUGUGCCGGUGUGUGCGUGGCGACUGGCGACCCGCACUAUGUGACAUUCGACGGCCGCUGUUACUCUUUCCUGGGCGACUGCCAGUAUGUGCUGGCGAUGGAGACCAGCGGUUUAUUCAGUGUCAUGGCGGAGAACGUGCCCUGUGGGAGCACUGGGGUCACUUGUACAAAGUCGGUCACCCUCAGCCUGGGGAAUACCAUCGUGCAUCUGCUGAGAGGUAAAGCCGUGACAGUAAAUGGGAUGCCAGUUAGUCUACCCAAGUCCUACAGUGGCAGUGGUCUGACUUUGGAAAGAGUUGGCCUUUUUGUAUCCCUUUCCUCCAGACUUGGGGUCACUCUGCUAUGGGAUGGAGGUAUGCGUGUAUAUGUGCGUCUGGCUGCCCACCUGCAGGGUCGGGUCGGGGGCCUGUGUGGUAACUUUGAUGGGGACACAGAGAAUGACUUUACUACACGGCAAGGCAUUGUGGAAUCUGCAGUCGAGCUGUUUGGAAACUCCUGGAAGGUCAGCCCCUCCUGCCCUGACGUGGCAGACCAGGACCUCCGAGACCCCUGUGCUCUGAACCCCCACAGGGUGACCUGGGCCAGGAAAAGGUGUGCAGUCCUAACUCAGGAACUCUUCUCUCUGUGCCACUCUGAGGUGCCAUUCCAGCAGUAUUACGACUGGUGUGUCUUUGAUGCUUGUGGCUGUGACUCAGGUGGGGACUGUGAGUGUCUCUGUACAGCCAUUGCUGCCUAUGCUGAAGACUGCAACCGCCGAGGGGUCUACAUCCGCUGGAGGUCCCAGGAGCUCUGUCCUUUACAGUGUGAAAAUGGGCUGGUAUAUGAUCCCUGUGGUCCAGCUUGCGCUCCCUCAUGUCCCAGUGUUCAGCAGAGUCCACACACCCAGUGUGGCGCUCUCUCCUGUGUGGAGGGCUGCUUCUGCCCUGCCGGCACAGUCCGACACGGGGAAAGCUGUAUAGUUCCCAGUCAGUGUCCAUGUGAGUGGGAGGACUCCAUGUUUCCCCCUGGAACUACCAUUACCCAACUCUGUCAGAACUGUUCCUGUGAGCAUGGCGUGUGGCAGUGCGACGGUGUGGCAUGCCCUCCUCCCUCCCCUCCAUGUCUGGACUCAGAGUUUACCUGUGCUUGGGGGCGCUGCAUCCCCUCUCAGUGGGUGUGUGACAACGAGGAUGACUGUGGCGAUGGUUCAGAUGAGAUCUGCCCAUCUACCUGUUCUGUAGACCAAUUCCACUGUACCAGCACACCAAGUGGACCAUGUUUGAACCUGGCUCUACGUUGUGAUGGCCACCCAGACUGUGCUGACCAGUCAGAUGAGGAAUUCUGUGGACCUACCACCCCCGUGCUCCUCUGCCCACCAGGGGAGUUCAAGUGUGCCAGUGGAAAGUGCUUGCCAGCCAGCCAUGUCUGUGAUGGAAGGCUGGACUGCGGUUUUGCAGAUGUAUCUGAUGAACAAGACUGUGGUGUGGUGUGUGACGAAGGGGAAUUUCUGUGUGCUGGAGGACAUUGCAUUCCGUACCUUCGCCGCUGUGAUGGACAUGAUGACUGUGGGGACCUCAGUGAUGAAAGGGGGUGUGUGUGUGCACCAGGGGAGUUUCAGUGCCCGAGGGACCAGUGUGUGCCUGCAAACAGAGUGUGUGACGGACGCAAAGACUGCCCCUCUGGAAAAGACGAAGCUGUCUGUCCAAGUAAAGCAUGUAGGUCCAAUGAGUUCAGCUGUGCCACUGGUGGGCAGUGUGUACCUCAGGCCUGGCGUUGUGAUGGGGAAACCGACUGUAUGGAUGGUAGUGAUGAGGAGCAGUGCACCGCCCCCUGUGGCCCUGGCCAGGUGCUUUGCCUCAGUGGGGACCAGUGCGUGGACUAUCAGCAGCUCUGUGAUGGGACCCCACACUGCAAGGAUGCCUCGGAUGAGAGUAUCAACAACUGUGGCUCUACUAGGAUACCUCCCUGUCCAGGCAGCUUCCCAUGUGACAAUCGCACCUGUGUAAACAUGUCACAAGUGUGCAAUGGUGUUCCAGACUGUCCACGGGGCGAUGAUGAGUUUGUGUGUGAUAAAACUGUCUCACCCUUGGCCCCUGGCAGUAGGAACACUACUGUCACCUGCCCUGAAUUCACCUGUAUGGAUGGAUCCUGUGUCCCCUUUAAUGUCGUGUGUAACGGUGUGGUAGACUGCCCAGAAUCUUCACCAGCACCACUUGGAGGCCUCACUGAUGAGCAGGGCUGUAGAAGCUGGAGCUCCUGGGGUCCAUGGAGCCACUGCAGCACUUCCUGUGGUACAGGCUCUAUGACCCGGCAGAGAACGUGCCCUCAAGGAGACCCACUGCGCCACUGUAGGGGGCAGGACUUCCAGAAACAGCAAUGCUUUAACAUAACCUGUCCUGUGGAUGGUCGGUGGCUGCCGUGGGGGAGCUGGUCGAACUGUUCCAGUAGUUGUGGUGGAGUGCAGGUCAGACACAGGGGAUGCAUCAGUCCUCGCUACGGAGGCCGAGACUGUUCCCAACUCCCUGGACCAUCCAACCUAGCCAUGGAAAUUAAGCCUUGUCCUGAUGAUGGAUGUGUCAAUACCAGCUGUCCCACUGGGCUGGUGAGACACAGCUGUGCUCCCUGCCCGAUGUCCUGUGCCCACAUCAGCAGUGGGACAUCCUGUGAUCCCACAGCACCUUGCUCCUCAGGUUGUUGGUGUCCGGAGGGCCAAGUGAUGAGCUACAUGCAACAGUGUGUGUUACCAGAGGACUGUAUGUGUGAAGUGGCAGGUGUGCGCUACUGGCCGGGCCAGCAGAUGAAGGUGGACUGUGAAAUUUGUGUUUGUGAGAGGGGAAGGCCUCAGAGAUGCCAGCCUAACCCAGACUGUUCAGUACACUGUGGCUGGUCGUCAUGGUCCGAGUGGGGUGAUUGCUUGGGGCCCUGUGGUGUUCAGAGUGUCCAGUGGUCGUUCCGCAGCCCAAACAACCCCACCAAGCAUGGAGAUGGCAGAACGUGCAGAGGAAUUUACAGGAAAGCCCGUCGGUGCCAGACAGACCCCUGUAAUGAGUGUGAGUACCAGGGUCAGUCCCAUGCUGUGGGAGACAGAUGGAGGUCAGACCACUGCCAGUUAUGUCACUGUCAGUCCAACCUUACAGUGCAGUGUUUCCCCUACUGUCCAUACGGUGUCAGUGGAUGCCCACAGGGCCAAAGUCUGGAACCUGGAGAGGGAGACAGGUGCUGUUACUGCAAAGGAGGAAAUGACACGAUUCUUGUGACAAUUAGCCCUGUAACUGUGACCUCCAAGCCAGCAGAGGGCACUACACCUCUGGUUCCCACAUAUCCACUUGAUCCUCGAGAUGAGUGUUGGGCUCCUCUGGGCAUUCAGUCUCUUCCGGCCUCCAGUUUCAGUGCUUCCUCACACCAGACUGGUCAUCCCCCAGAAGCAGGUCGCCUUCAUGGGUGGGACUCGCAUAAGGACCUCCAGGGCUGGAGUCCAGAACCUGAGGAGUACAAGGAUCUACCACAGCGGAGUCCUGAGGGACACAGUAGCAACACACAAAGCCCCUACCUACAGAUAGACCUGCUGAAACCAUACAACAUCACUGGUUUGCUAACCCAGGGCGGUGGUGUGUUUGGCACCUUCACAUCCAGCUUCUACCUCCAGUUCAGCCAGGAUGGUAGACAGUGGUUCACUUAUAAAGAGCUUGUCACUGAUGCCCGACCCAGAGCCAAGGUUUUUCAGGGUAACCAUGAUGAUCAAGGGGUGGCAGAGACCCGACUGGACAGGAUGGUGUUGGCUCAGUUUGUCCGGGUAUUGCCACACGACUUCCAGAAUGGCAUCUACCUUCGUCUUGAGAUCAUGGGCUGUAGAGAUGGUUACCACUGGUUGUCUACCCCCACUCCCCCCUCCCCUGUCCCCCCAGUGGGUGACUGUAGGGAGAAGGAGUUCCAGUGUGAAAAUGGUCGCUGUGUGCCAGCAGGUCCAAUGGGAGUUGUCUGUGAUGGAGUCAAUGACUGCGGAGAUGGAUCAGAUGAGAUGUACUGUGGUACGCAGCCGUCUCCUACAGCCACCAGUCCACGCAGCUGCCCUGCUGGUCAGUUUUCCUGCCCCUCAACAGGGGGCUGCAUUGAGGCAGGGCAGCGUUGUGAUGGGACCCCCAACUGUCCCAAAGGAGAGGAUGAAACCGGUUGCCAUCCCCACGGCAACUUCACUACCCAGUCAGACAGACCAUACACACCCACCCCUGCUCCUCUAAGGACUCCAUCCAUGGCUGCUGUCACUCAUCCUGCAGUAACACCAAUGGAUGGGGGACCAGGUUAUCGUGGCAUCUGCUCCUCUUCCCUUGGACUGGAGGAUGGGAGAAUUCGCUAUGGUCAGCUGACCUCAUCCUCACAUCAUGAGAACAACCCUGCUGAUGCUGGACGCCUAAACAUCGCCCCUAAUGUUCAGGUUAUGGAGCCUGGAUGGAGCCCAUUGCCUACAGAUCCUCAUCCAUAUUUUCAGGUAGACUUCCUGGAGCCCACAUGGGUAUCAGGGGUGGUGACCCAGGGCAGUGAACGCAUGUGGGGUUACCUCACUAAAUACCGCCUGGCAUUUGCCCUGCACAGCAGUCUCUUCACAGACUACACUGAGAAUGGGAAGCCUGGUGGCCCUGCUAAGGUGUUUGAGGUGCGGAUGGUGGGAAGGACCCCUGUGACCUGCUGGCUCAGUCGGCUGGUCAGAGCUCGCUACCUGCGUAUCAUCCCUGUGGAGUUCAGACACACUUUCUACCUGCGUGUGGAGAUUAUGGGCUGCAGAGGAGAUGAGCUGGUGACCCCCAGCAGUGUGACCAUGUCUCCCUCUGGUGGUGGCAAAGUGACUGUGCAGAGCUGUAAGCCAGGCCAGUUUGCGUGCGGGCAUGGUGAAGAAUGCAUCUCUGUCUCUGUGCUUUGUGAUGGUCGACCGGACUGCACCGACCACUCUGAUGAGAUCAACUGUGGUACGGCUCCAACUAGAGGCUUUCCGGGGCUGCACAACCAGACAGGCUCAACAGGGAGACCAGGUUUCCGUGGCGACAGUACAACAGGUGCCCCUGGCCUCCAUAUCACCAGUUCCCACGGUGGCCUUCCUGGUGUACCUAGCCCAGGGGUCACAGGUCAACCUGGACUUCAGAAGACUACAAGCUCAAGUAAAGGUACAGUUGCCGAUCAAAUCUACUUUUUACUCAGCGUUUGGAUCACUACAACCCCUCAUGAUGGUGGCCUACCCAGAGUGCUUUGUGUGGAGGGGCAGUUUGCAUGCCAGUCAUUCGGCUGUGUUGACUCGGCGCAGGUGUGUGACGGCAGACAGGACUGUUUGGACGGAUCAGAUGAAGAACGCUGUGGCACCACAGUCACACCAGAGGUGACUCCACCGGCCCCCCCGGUGUCCGGCCCCUGCUCUACUAAGCAAUUCUCUUGCGGCAGUGGGGAGUGUGUUCACCUGGACCGCAGAUGUGACCUGCAGAAGGACUGUGUGGAUGGAUCAGAUGAGAAAGACUGUGUGGACUGCAUCAUGUCCCCAUGGACAGCAUGGAGUGCGUGCAGUGUGACCUGUGGUCUGGGUUCCUUGUUCCGGCAGAGGGAUAUUUUGAGGGAAGCUCUGCCGGGAGGGGCCUGUGGUGGAGCUCAGUUUGACAGUCGAGCAUGUUUCCCCCAAGCAUGCCCAGUUGAUGGUCAGUGGUCAUUGUGGACAGAGUGGUCGGAGUGUGACGCUCAGUGUGGAGGUGGUGUCAGGCAGAGGAAGAGAACAUGCUCUACUCCUCCUCCCAAGAAUGGUGGGCGGGACUGCGAGGGCAUGACCCUGCAGAGCCAGAGCUGCAACAGCCAGCCCUGCACUAAAGACAUCAGCACACAGACAGGCUGUGUGAACAGCAUGGUGCUGGUGACUGAAGCAGACUGCCAGGCUGGGAGGGUAGAGCCCUGUCCUGCGACGUGCUCACAUCUCAGCUUGACCAGCAAUUGCACUGCAGCAUGUAUACCAGGGUGUCGCUGUCCUGAUGGUCUGUACCUUCAGGGUGGGCGAUGUGUGAAUGCCAGCCAAUGUGUCUGUCUGUGGGACGGUCAAACACUGCAGCCAGGACAGACGGUCAGCAGGGACCACUGUACCACGUGUUUGUGCAGAGAUGGACAAAUAACUUGUGACACCUCCAGUUGUGUGGGGACCUGUCAUUGGUCAACCUGGUCGUCAUGGUCACCAUGUGAUGUAACCUGUGGUCUGGGGCUACAGCAACGCUUCAGGUCUCCAUUGAACCCAUCUGGAGCAGUCAGAGUCCAGUCUUGUCAAGGAGACAUCUCGGAGGCCCGCAGCUGCUCCAGCCCCUGCCUCCCUGUCCUACCAGAUGGAGUCUGGAGUAAAUGGACCAGCUGGUCAGAGUGCAGUAAGACAUGUUUCAACCAUGUAGAUGAUGUUGGAAUCAGACGACGAUUCCGCAGCUGCAACCCCACACUCACACCCUUGAACUACACACACAUGAACUCUGCCUGCGAUGGAGACAGCGAGGAAAAGGAGCCUUGUAACGCUUUACAUUGUCCAGUGAAUGGUGGCUGGUCAGUAUGGUCAGAGUGGUCUCAGUGUUCAUCAGAGUGUGACUCUGGUGUCCAAACAAGAGAGCGAUUCUGCAGUUCACCCUCACCACAGCAUGGGGGCAGCAGCUGUCCCGGGCCACAUGUACAGACGAGAGACUGCAACUCCCACCCCUGCUCAGGUGUGUGUCCAGAGGGCAUGGUGCACAUGACAGUUGCAGAGUGUGAGGCUCAGGGUGGCGCAUGUCCGCGGAUGUGUUUGGACAUGACGUCCACAGAGGUGCAAUGUGCCACUGGCUGUUAUGAUGGCUGCUACUGCGCCCUGGGCUUCUACCUGCUCAAUGGCAGCUGUGUACCUCUGGCACAGUGCCCGUGUUACCACCAGGGGGAACUGUACCCACCCGGUGCCGCCCUGUCUGUUGAACCCUGCACUAACUGUACCUGCACUAAUGGAGAAAUGAAGUGCGAAACAGCUCCCUGCCCUGUGGACUGUGGCUGGAGCAGAUGGACCCAGUGGAGCUCUUGCAGUCGAACAUGCGAUGUUGGUGUGAGAAGGCGGUAUCGUUCAGGAACGAGUCCUCCUCCAGCUUUCGGGGGUCGUCCCUGCCAAGGAGACAGAGUUGGGAUCGAUACCUGCAGCAUUGAACCCUGCUUUGGUGUAAAGGAACCAUGGAGUGCGUGGUCACAGUGCUCAGUGACGUGUGGAGGAGGUUACAGGACCCGAACCCGCGGGCCCAUCCAAAUACAUGGCACCGCUCAGCAGUUCAGUGCCUGUAACCUGCAGCCCUGUGGAGAUGGCAGGAUGUGUCCUCCAGGCCAGGAGUGGAAGCAGUGUGUGAUGGGAGCAGUGUCAUGUACAGAUCUCACAAUGGACGUUAGCAGGAACUGCACACCAGGCUGUCAGUGUCCACGUGGGACCGUCCAACAAGAUGGUGUGUGUGUGCGGGAGUCUGACUGUCGCUGUGAUGUGGAUGGAGAGCAGUACAAACCAGGAGACACUGUGCCAACAGACUGUAACAACUGUACAUGUAACGCAGGGAGGCUGGUUAACUGCUCUCAAGUCAGCUGCAAUGUUGAUGGCCAGUGGUCAGUGUGGACUCCCUGGGGUCAGUGUUCAGUGUCGUGUGGAGCAGGUCUCCAGUCUCGGUACCGGUUCUGUUCCAGUCCUCAGCGCUCUGGCAGUGGCCUGCCAUGUCUGGGCCAUCACAGAGACGACCAAGUAUGCUUCACCACUCCAUGUGACCGUGACGGUGGCUGGGGUCAGUGGAGUAACUGGACGGAGUGUACCAAGUCGUGUGGUGGGGGAGUUCGAAGCCGGAGGAGAGAGUGUGACAGUCCCAGUCCAGAGGGGGAGGGGAGCUACUGUGAGGGGCUGGGAACUGAGGCCAUAGCCUGUAACACUAACCACUGUCCAGUGGCGCCAUGCUCUCAGGUCCCAGGCACAGUGUUCAGUAGCUGUGGUCCCUCCUGCCCUCGCUCCUGUGAGGACCUGGCUCACUGCAAGUGGCAAUGUGAGCCGGGGUGCUACUGUACAGAGGGAAAGGUCCUGUCCGCUAACGGGACAGUAUGUGUGGACAGAGAAGACUGUCCCUGCCUAGAUCUUAGCACUGGACGCAGGCUGGAACCAGGGGAGACCACUGAAGCCCCUGAUAGAUGUAACACCUGUACAUGUGAGGGUGGGAGGCUGAACUGCACCGGAAUGCCAUGUCCUGUGUCAGGUGGCUGGUGUGAGUGGUCAGAGUGGACUCCGUGCUCCAGAACCUGUGGGGCAGAGUCUGUGUCCCGCUACAGGAGCUGUGGCUGUCCUGAGCCCAAGGCUGGAGGAGAGGCCUGCUCUGGAGAACAGGAAUUCCACAAUGGGGUCGGAGUUCAAAUCCAGAGACAGCCCUGCACUGUCAUCACCUUCUGUCCAGUCCAUGGUUUGUGGAGUCCGUGGUCUGCUUGGUCACAGUGUGAUGGGUGUGCUGGGUCGUCUACCCGCAGCAGGGAGUGUAAUAGUCCUCCAACCAAGUUUGGUGGCCUGCCCUGUCUUGGAGAGGGCAGGCAAAGGCGUGGUUGCCAUGACAACAUCACCGUCUGCUCAGACUGUGGUGGAGGCCAGGAAGAAUGGCCUUGUGGGAAGCCCUGUCCUCGUUCAUGUUCGGAUCUCCAUGGUGACACAGAGUGCAUGGACUUUGCUGGGUGCAGACAGACCUGCGGAUGUCCGGGAGACAUGGUUCUGCAAGAUGGAGUGUGUGUGGCCAGGGAGGAGUGUCGCUGCAAAUACCACAACAGCUCUGCUACUGAAAUGACAUUCAGCAGACCAGAUUCCAGUAAUGCAUCAUGGUCAUGGGUUGGUGGAUCUGAUUGGCAGAUGGCAAAUCCAGGAGACACCAUCAUCAGUGACUGCAAAAACUGUUCAUGCGAGGCUGGGGUUCUGCAGUGUCAAUCAGUCCCAGGUUGUCAUGUUGACGGUGGCUGGAGCCAAUGGGGGGCCUGGACUGAGUGCUCCUUUUCUUGUGGAGGAGGAGUCAAGUUCAGGAGACGCCAGUGUGAUAACCCGUCCCCUCAGAGUGGUGGGAGAGGCUGCCUGGGAGUCGCUGAACAGCAGAAAGACUGCAACGUACACCCGUGUACAGACUCUUUGGGCCCGUGGUUACCCUGGACUCAGUGGUCUAUGUGUUCGGUCAGCUGUGGUGGAGGACAGCAGUCCCGCUCUCGUCUCUGCAGUUCUUCAUCCUGCAGUGGCCUCAGCCGCCAGAGCAAGACCUGCAACACCCAGGUCUGCCUUGAGGUGGGCUGCCCUCCUGGUAGGUUGUACAGGGAGUGUGAACGAGGUGACGGCUGUCCGUUUAGCUGCACUCAGGUCAGUGGCAGGGAGGGCUGCUACUCUGAUGGCUGUGAGGAAGGCUGCCACUGCCCCCCACACACCUACCAACACCACGGAGUCUGUCUGCAGGAGUGUCCGUGUCUGGUGGACAAAGAGUUUCUGGCCUCUCUGCAGAGUGUUUCUGUCACACUGCUCUCAUCUCUGCUCCGCCAUAACAUUUCUGAGGGAGAGGAAGUACAAUCUGGAGACAGACUGGUCCAUGACUGCAGCACCUGUGGCUGUGAACAUGGCAGGUGGAACUGUUCCUUGCAGCAUUGCCCAGUCGAUGGAGGUCUGUCGCCCUGGGGCUCCUGGAGCCCCUGCUCACUGUCCUGUGGAGGUCUGGGACUGAAGACUCGCACCAGGAGCUGCACACAGCCUGCCCGGAGCCACGGAGGGAGAGAUUGCCAGGGGCCACGCCAGGAAACUACGUACUGCCAGGCCCCUGAAUGCCAAGUUAUUGUUGGUGCUACCGAAGAACCAGUUUUAUCAGAUGAGGAUGUUGGCUUCUCUCAGUGGUCAUUAUGGAGUCCCUGCACUAAGACCUGCACUGAUGCUCGCAGCCCAGCCAGGAAAUUUCGUCAUCGACAGUGUAUCAAACCUCCCUGCUCUGGAAGCUCUCGCCAAGAGAAGGCAUGUAAUCUACCCCAGUGUCCAGACGGAGGCAAGGUAUGUGUAGGGGACGACUGUGCAUGGAGGAACUGUUCGUGGACAGAGUGGGGAGAUUGGAGCUCCUGUUCACGUUCAUGCGGAGUGGGUCAGCAGGAGAGGAUCCGAACCUUCCUCAGCCCUGGGACCAACGGUUCGUGGUGUGAAGACAUUUUGGGGGGAAAUCUGGAGCAUCGCUUCUGCAACAUCAGGCCCUGCAGAGUGGAUGGAGGUUGGUCUCGUUGGAGUCCCUGGUCGCGUUGUGAUAAGCGCUGUGGUGGUGGGCGCUCCAUACGCACUCGCUCCUGCUCCAGCCCUCCGCCCAAGAAUGGUGGGAAGAAGUGUGAAGGAGAGAAGAACCAGGUCAAACCCUGCAACCCCAAACCCUGUGAUGAGAGAGGGUGCCCGCCGGGCCAGGAGUUCGUGUCGUGUGCCAACCAGUGUCCACAGCGCUGCUCAGACCUCCAGCAGGGCAUAGAGUGCCAAGGCAACACCGAAUGUCAGCCAGGCUGUCGCUGCCCUAAAGGCCAGUUGGAGCAACACGGGGUGUGUGUGCAACUGUGGCAGUGUGACUGCGUGGACUCACUGGGACAGAUUUGGGCAGCUGGCAGCUGGCAUCAGAUGGACUGUAACACCUGCAACUGUUCUGAUGGACAACUCCUCUGCACCAAUAACAGCUGCCAGGCCACCUGCAUUUGGAGCUCCUGGUCCAGUUGGGCAUCGUGCAGCGUUUCCUGUGGGCAGGGCCAGAGAACCAGAUACAGGUCUCUGUACCCAGAGACUGAAGGAACAGAUUGCCAGUUUGAGGAAGUCCAGCAUAAAUCCUGCGACCCAGGACCCUGCCCACCUCUCUGUCUCCAUGACGACCAGGAAGUUAGCUUUGGAGACACCUGGCUGCAGGGCGAGUGUAAACAAUGCACAUGCACCCCAGAGGGAGGUUACUGCCAAGACAUUGACUGCAGAGUGGAUGGUGGUUGGACCCCAUGGUCAGUUUGGUCUGACUGCUCAGUGACCUGUGGCCGGGGAACACAGGUUCGAACCCGUGCCUGCAUCAAUCCCCCUCCACGUAACAAUGGGUCUCACUGCAGCGGGCCAGAGAGAGAAACACAGGACUGUCACACUCCUCCCUGUUUGGAUGACCUCUGCCCCUGGUCGCCAUGGUCACCAUGUUCCCGGAGCUGUGGCGCAGGUUCUGUGGCACGGCGCAGGGUGUGUCUGUGUGAGGAAGGAGGAGAUGCAGCAUGUCCUGCUGAGUGGAACAGAGAGGAGACCCAGCUGUGUUACAAACAGCCCUGUCCAGGGUGUCCCAUGUCACAGUGGAGUGUUUGGUCUCAGUGCUCCUGUGUUUCUCAGAGGCAACAGCGUUACCGUGUAGCUCUCUUCCCAUCCACCAGGGGACAACAAUGUACUCAUGUUGAAACACAGAGCAGGACAUGCAAUCUCAGUCAAUGUGAUGAUUGCGAAGCCCCGUUUGUGUACUCAGCAUGUGGUGCGCCCUGUGAGAAGCAGUGUGCACUGCAGGGCCGUGGAGAUCUGUGUUUAGGUGUCAGGGAGUGUACACCUGGCUGCUACUGCCCACAGGGCUUGCUGCAGCAGAACGGUAGCUGUGUUCCUCGAGAGGAAUGUGGCUGCAUCCACCUGCAGAACCAGGCUUCAGAACAACCAUCCACACCUGUCAUUGUCCCUCAGGGGGCCACAGUCACCAUAGGCUGCAGUACCUGCCUUUGCCAUGAUGGAACUUUGCAUUGUGACAUGAGAGAGUGUGAAGUCAUUCUCAGCGAGUGGUCAGAAUGGACUCCCUGUUCUCCAUGUGUACCCCUGCAACACAGUACCUCCCAAGGAGGAGAUAUCAGUGGCAGUAAGAUGGUCUCAAUCCAGAGACGUUUCCGGGCCUGUUUGGACCUGGAUUCAGGUCUUCCGAUCUCUAGAGAGGAGGAGAGUCAAUGUCUAAGACCACUGGUAGAGGAGAGGCUCUGUCCAGAUUCUAACAUGUGCAGAGAUCUGUGUCAGUGGAGUGUGUGGAGCGCCUGGACAGCCUGUGCAGAGCCAUGCAGCGGUGGAGUCAGGCAGCGCUACAGACGGCCCCUGGCCUCUUCUCCAGGACCCCUCUGUAAGAGCCAACAGACACAGAGCCAGAGCUGCAACACAGGACUCUGCCCAGGUGAGCGCUGUGAAGACAGGGGGCGGACCUACCAAGAGAGCUGUGCCAAUCAAUGUCCUCGCAGCUGCACUGACUUAUGGGAGCAUGUGCAGUGUCUCCAAGGAGACUGUCACCCAGGUUGUCGGUGUCCAGAGGGACAGUUGUUACAGGAUGGCCACUGUGUGUCAGUGACAGAGUGUCGCUGUGGUAUCCCAUCAGAGAAUGGGACGCUGGAGUUCCUCCCUCAAGAGGAGUUUUCCAUUGACUGUAACACCUGUGUGUGUGAGAAUGGCACUUUGGUAUGCACUGAGAUUGCCUGCCCAGUUUAUGAGCCAUGGAGUCCAUGGAGCUCCUGCUCAGCCUCCUGUGGGAGUGGUCAGAGGACAAGGAGACGCCUCUGCCAGGACACAGAGGGUGGUCCUUCCUGUGAUGUCACCAUGCAGACAGAGAGCUGCGAUGUUCCAGCAUGCCCAGUGGGAUGUUUGUUGAGUGAGUGGUCACCCUGGAGUGAGUGCAGCACCACAUGUGGUGGUGGGUUGUCAGUGCGGAACAAGACUGUCCUUAUAGAGCCAGAGCCUGGUGGGACGGCCUGCGUUGGACCACUUGAACAGCACACUGUCUGUAACACCAACAGCUGCCUGCCUGAGUGUCCCAGCGGGCAGGUGUUUAGUGACUGUUCAAAUUCCUGUCCAUAUACCUGUCUGGAUCUGGGGCCACAGACUCAGUGUUUACCUGGACCAUGCACCCCUGGGUGCACUUGCCCUCCUGGACAGGUGUUGCAUGAAGGCUCCUGUGUGUCCCACGCUGACUGUCCUUGUUCACUGCUGUCCCUGCCGACUGUUUACCAAAGCUGGAAUGUCAGCACUGAGGAUUUCACAGAAGCUCUACUGCCACCUGCAACAACCAUUCAGCACCUGUGCAACACAUGUGUGUGCCAAGGAGCAGUGUUCAACUGUACCUCUGAGCUAUGUGAUGUGGACUGUGAGUGGUCCAGCUGGUCCCAGUGGGGUCCGUGCUCAGCAAGCUGUGGUACGGGGCGACAGAGCUCCACCAGAAUCAUCCAGCAGCCCAGCCAGUACGGAGGAGCCCCUUGUGUGGGCCCCGACCACCGCACCACAACCUGCAUGGCCCCUGACUGUGCGUGUCCUGUCGGGGAGCAGUGGAGGAGGAGCAUGUCAGAGGAGGUCCUGCUGUGUGAGAGGAGCUGCCAAGACAUUUACUCCUCUCCCUUCAACUGCAGCAACUCCGCUGAGGGCUGUGUGUGUCAAGAGGGGUUUUACAGAAAUAUGGGAGGGAUGUGUGUCAUCCCCGCCCUCUGCCCUUGCCAUGACCAGGGCAUCCUGCGGGAGGCAGGAUCAGAGUGGGAGGAGGGCUGCCUUUCAUGUCGCUGUGUUAACGGAAGAAAAUGGUGCCAGUUAAGAUGUCCACCGCUCCACUGUGAUGAGGGAGAGGCCAAGGUGGAGGAACCAGGGAGCUGCUGUCCAGUCUGUAGAAAACAGUUCCCAGGCGAGCCCGUGCCAGAGUGUCGUCGCUAUGUGCAGAUCAGGAACAUCACCAAGGGAGACUGUCGGCUUGACAACGUGGAGAUCAGCUUCUGCAGGGGACGCUGUCUGUCCAGGAGUGAUGUCAUCCUGGAGGAGCCAUACCUCCGCUCAGUUUGCGAGUGCUGUAGUUACCGAUUAAACCCUGACAACCCAGUCCGUUUCCUCAGCCUGCAAUGUGAGAGUGGAGAGAGUGAGCCAGUCGUUCUGCCCGUCAUAAACAGCUGCGAAUGCACCAGCUGCCAAGGAGGUGACCUGUCCAGACGCUGAGCAAGUAUGUUGAGUGUGUGUCUGUGUGUGUGUCUGUGUCUGAGUGUGAGAGAGAGAUAGUGUGAGUGUGUACACACACUGGAGAGAUCAAGAGCAGGAUGAGUAUGAACACCAAGCCAAAUGAGAGUGCCACAGUGAUGGAUCAUCAUUUUGCAUGGAUGGAAGAUACCCUGUUGAUUUACACAUUGCUCUGUAGUCCUUAGUCAUCAUAUGACUGGAUGCCACUAUUGCUCAUAGAGUCCUGUUCUGAAACUUUGUUUAUUCUUCAGCCUGUACAGCCUGUUUUCUACUGUAUAUGUAUAGUAAUAUUAAGGGACAUAUGAUUCAAUCCAAGUAAGACCUAUUAUACAUUAAAAAAUGUUUCAUUUAUAUGCUUUAAGAAAAUGUCUGUGUACCAGCAGUCUUCUGUAAGUUGGAGUUUACUGUAACUGGGUAGAUAUUCUUACAUGUUGCAGUUUACAGUACAGUUCUAAUGGACUGAUCAAUAAACAUUUUCUACACAAGGA